AUGUUGACAGCAGUGAUACUGAAUGUGCUCCUGCUGCUGGGGGGUCUUGGAGGGGUGGCGGCAUCUGACAUCCAUGUCUUUGGGAAAUCCAUCCACAGUGAUAACACUAUGCAGGGCAGCAAUGAUGGCAGACACACAGUGAAGAAACAGCCAUACCAACAGACUAAAAGUGGAAUCCGCAGGAAUUUAGAUCUGGAGAGCUUCAACAUUCACGUGACUCCCACCACCAGCAAACUCAGCCUGCCCACCAUAAUCAAGCUCUAUCCACCCACUGUCAAACCUCUCUACAAGCAUGUCAAUAUGCCCAUGCGUUUUGGGAGGGAAAGCAGUCCCGGUGACGACAGGUCUCCAAAUUCGAACCCCAACUUGCCACAGAGAUUUGGACGGUCCUGGGAGGUGAUCCGAAUCUGUGCAAAAUGCCGCAAUGUCAGAGAGGCACCCAGACUGGUGCUGCCUCAAAGAUUUGGGAGAAAUGUUCCAUACUGGAGCCUUCUCAGGACUCUAGCCAGUGAGCAGUUACUGAACACUGGCUUGCACUGGACUGAAGAAUUUGACAUUACAUCCAGCUUGGAAGAGGAAGUGGAUAUGGAAGAAAAACAAUUUAGUGGAUAA